UGAAGUAACAGACGGGCAAGAUUUCGUUUGGCCAGAAUGAAAAUAAAGGCGAACGGGCAUUUGAGCCGAAAGAAUGGCAUGCAUGAGCAAGGUGUUGGGAGGUUGCUUGCAUAUUUUUUGAAAGGGUUGCGUUCAAAGAUGAGCCAGGACAGGUAGGUGGGCGCCUUGUUGUGGAGAACGGAGAACCUUAAGUACAGGCUGAGGAAUUUGUACUUCGUUCAGUAGUGAUCUGUUGGGAGCUAGCUGUUGGACGUGUUAGAGCAGGGUAAGUGAUAGGAUUGGAGUGACAGGAUUGAUGAAGAAAGGUCUGAUCCCUUCUGUAGCAAUCUAGUUAAGCAAGCAGUGGAGGGCCAUUAAGAGGCCGUUUCCAGAUGGGAGGCAAUAAAGGUCUGAACAGAGCAGGUCAUUAGACAACAGGCAUGAAAGGGGGAAAAUAUUUGAAAGACACUACUCAUGGUUACAAGAGUAACAAGGGAAGACAGUAUGUCCUUCACCCUUUGCUGACUCCAGCCAGUAGGCUCCUUUCUAUCUCAACUGGUCCCAGGGACCACAAAAAUUCUAUCCAUCUGUUAUCCUGAUGUGAAGCCAUUUACACUGCUUUCUUGGGUUUAAGGGAUCUCCAAACACGGUCCUCUGGCAGGAAACAGGUUUUGAUAAUGCCUCAGGGCCUGUAAGGCUGGGUGUUUCCCUUUCAAGAUGCCCCUCUCAGACUUUAUUCUGGCCCUGAAGGACAAUCCCUAUUUUGGGGCUGGAUUUGGGCUGGUGGGUGUGGGCACAGCCCUGGCCCUGGCCCGGAAGGGCGCCCAGCUGGGCCUGGUGGCAUUCCGACGCCAUUACAUGAUCACACUGGAAGUCCCUGCUCGAGACAGGAGCUAUGCUUGGUUGCUUAGCUGGCUCACCCGCCACAGUACCCGUACUCAGCACCUCAGUGUCGAGACCUCGUACCUUCAGCAUGAGAGCGGCCGCAUCUCAACCAAGUUUGAAUUUGUCCCUAGUCCUGGAAAUCACUUUAUCUGGUAUCAGGGGAAAUGGAUCCGGGUGGAACGAAGUCGAGAAAUGCAGAUGAUAGACCUACAGACUGGGACUCCUUGGGAAUCUGUCACUUUCACGGCCCUGGGCACUGACCGCAAGGUUUUCUUCAGCAUCCUGGAAGAAGCUCGAGAGCUAGCCUUGCAGCAGGAGGAAGGGAAGACAGUGAUGUAUACAGCUGUGGGCUCUGAAUGGCGCCCCUUUGGCUAUCCACGUCGCCGGCGGCCACUGAGCUCUGUGGUUCUAGAACAGGGUCUGGCUGACCGAAUUGUCAGAGAUAUCCAGGAAUUCAUCGAUAACCCCAAAUGGUACACUGACAGAGGCAUUCCCUACAGACGCGGCUACCUGCUUUAUGGGCCCCCUGGUUGCGGAAAGAGCAGUUUUAUCACUGCCCUGGCUGGGGAGUUGGAGCACAGCAUCUGCCUGCUGAGUCUCACAGACUCUAGCCUCUCUGAUGACCGGCUUAAUCACCUGCUAAGCGUGGCCCCACAGCAGAGCCUGGUGCUCCUGGAAGAUGUAGAUGCUGCUUUUCUUAGUCGAGACUUGGCCGCAGAGAACCCAGUAAAAUACCAAGGUCUAGGUCGUCUGACCUUUAGUGGACUGCUCAAUGCCUUGGAUGGUGUAGCUUCCACUGAGGCUCGCAUUGUAUUCAUGACCACCAACCAUGUUGAUAGGCUGGACCCUGCCCUAGUACGCCCUGGGCGAGUAGACUUGAAAGAGUACGUGGGCUACUGCUCACAUUGGCAGCUGACCCAGAUGUUCCAGAGGUUCUAUCCUGGGCAAGCACCUUCCUUGGCUGAGUCCUUUGCAGAACAUGUCCUUCGAGCUACAACCCAGAUCAGUCCUGCCCAGGUGCAGGGCUAUUUCAUGUUGUAUAAAAAUGACCCUGCAGGGGCAAUUCAUAAUGCUGAGUCUUUGAGGAGGUGACCAACCAGGCUGUGCUCAUCUCUCUUCCUCUAGGAGAUCAAUAAACACCUGCCACACUACUCUGGUCUCUGAGC